AUGGAGAGAUGGGUUCUUAAAAAAUGGGCUAGAAAAGACGUGGUUCGAGUUAUGGAUCUUGAGGAGAACUUUUUCUUGAUUCGUUUCUUUAAUCAGGAAGACUACUCGUACGCACUCUUUGAGGGACCUUGGAUGAUCGCAGAUCACUACCUCCUAGUUCAACGCUGGAGACCUCUCUUCAUACCCCAAGAAGUAGAUAUACGUAAGGUAGCAGUUUGGAUCAGAAUUCCAAACCUCCCAGCAGAACUUUACAACAAAUACUUUCUCUGGAAGGUGGGGAAAGCUUUAGGAACAAUGCUGAAAAUUGAUGAGCUUACAUCAAUUCAUUCUAGAGGAAAGUUCGCCCGCGUAUGCGUGGAAAUUGAUCUAAGGAAACCAGUUAUACCAAUUUUCUCGACCUUGGGAAAGGAAUUCAAGCUUGAAUACGAAGGCCUCUAUCAGAUCUGCUUUAAGUGCGGGCGGUACGGACAUAGGUUGGAAAACUACUCAGAAUGGGUGGGAGAUAUGCCCAAACAAGUAAUUCAAACAACCAUGGAUGGUGGCCGGAUGUCGCAGUACGGUGAAAGAGAAGACAGUACCGAUAAUCAGACGGGAUCCCUAGAAAAGGAAACUCUUAAUGGGGAAGGAGCUAUCAAGGCAAUAAAUCAAGAAUUAAAUGACGAGAAACAAGUUUCAGGGACCAAAAAGGGAAAGAAUCCUAUAGAUAAUGAGGAAGGUAAAGGAAAUAAACUUACCAUAAAUGAGGAGAAUCCCUUUGGGCCAUGGAUGCUGGUCAAACGCAAUCCUAGAAGGAAUAAAAUCAGAAUGGAGGAAUCUGCGAGAGGAAUAAAUGGAAACUCUUACGGUUCAAAAUUUCAAGUGCUAUCAGAGGAAACUUUCGAUGACAAUAAUGAGAGUAAUGAGGAAAGGGCGGUCCGAGAUGCGAAUCAGUACCAGAAUAAGGGGAGAGUGCAAGAUCAAGGAAGAAAUGAGAAUAAUGUCUACAAGUACAAUCAUAAGCUGCAGAAUCAAAAAAAUCAACCCAAAAGCAAAGCUUUCACCUCUAACAUGAGAGAGAAAACCCAGGAGAUGGAAAGGAAAAACGUUUCCAACCAAAAUCAGUACCGAAACAAGCCAAGCACCACUCAUAUCCAUGAGAAGCAAAAUAACCAGAACCAGGAAAAAAUCAUGGAGCACACACAAAACAAAGGGAAACAGAAAGAUAAACACCAUGAUUACUGGAGAAGCUUCAGCCUUCUUAAUAAGGAAUUAGCUAAAGAACACAACAACGGAGGUCACAUCCCUAUUUCUGAUACCCCAAAUCCAACCACCAUGUCGGUCAUCUCGAGAAUCAUGGGAGGACAGGGUACAAGAGAAGGAGACAGCAACACCGCUAAUAAUCUGAUUGAUCCAGGAGAUGCAGAACUAAAAUCUGGGUCGAAGGAUAUGGUCAUCAUGGACCAGAAUGUGGAUGGGGAAGAAUCUCCCUCAAGCCCAAAGCCUAUGGAGGCUUGA